AUGUUCCCCCUCUUCACCACGCCACUUACCGGAGACAUGACCGGUAGCGGCAGCGCGUUCACGUCGUGCUCCUGUGCUCAUGGUGAAGGCCUUCGCGGUGUCACCCCGCAGCCCCGCAAGCCUGCUGUAUCCCUCUUCCCGAUUAUUCCACCACCACCGCCGCCUCCACAACAGCCACGCGCCUCGCAAUCAACACUGUUGUCGGCGAUAGCUGGUGCAUCAACCUCCAUCAACCCGCCGGUACGCGUCAAGACAUGCAGCGAAUGGGCUAAUGACGUCGCCGCCGCUCGAGGAGAUCGCGGUGAUCCCACCCACCACCACACUCAGCUGGCUGCCCCGAAUCACACCAGGGAGCCAGCUUCGUCAGCACCUACGUCGGUCUCCGCAGCAAAGAGCUCGGGAACUUACCCGCCGACAUCGCCAGCUAAAUGGUAUGAGGACGCCGCAGCCGACGCGCGCGUUCAACUGCCAUCCAUCCCGACCGCCGCGACAGAAGACUCUCCGCCGCCGGCGACACCCGCAUCCAAUCCCGAAUUGAAGCGUGCACUCGAGUACGACGACGACGACCACUUUGGCGACGUCGAGCCGCAGCCAAAGCGCCGCUCGGCACCAGCAUCCCCCGUUGGCAAACUUGUACGCGUCCUCUCGCGCACGAGCCCAAACCCCCCGCACGCAGGCGUGCCGACAUCGAGCCUCACGAGCCCCCAGGAGGAAGCGCGCCGCCACAGGACCACCGCUCCUGCGCCACGGUCUCGUGGGUCCACCAAGAGCCCCGCCGCUUCCCACUACACCAACCUCGCGCCGCUCUCUAGCCUUCCACGCAACCACCAGUUCCAUACCACCAGCACCGACAAACCAUAG